AUGUUGAGAACACAAGUUAGAACUAUACCCAAGUUGACAGUCCCUUGCAGGUCGUUAUACACUUCUGUAUUGGACUCGGACAUCAACAUCACCAAAAAUGGCAAGGUAAAUGUAUCGGUGGGACCUGGAGGUCGUUCAUCAAGAACUGGAUACACAGCAACAGUAUUUGGAGCUAGUGGGUUCUUGGGACGUUACCUUGUGUCCAAACUUGCCAGACACGGUACCACCACAAUUGUCCCAUUCAGAGAUGACAUGAAGAAGAGAUUUUUGAAAGUUGCUGGUGACUUGGGUGUGGUUAAUUUUGUUGAAAUUGAUGCUCGUAAUUUGCAAAGUAUACAAGAUUCAGUGGCCCAUUCUGAUAUUGUUAUCAACUGUAUUGGUGCCGAUUAUAAUACCAAAAACUUCACCAUGGCGGAUGUCAAUAUUGCCUUGGCUGAGAGGAUUGCUCAGGCUACUAAAGACGCUGGGGUUCCAAGGUAUAUCCAUGUCAGCUCCUACAAUGCUGACCCAAAAUCGGAGUCUAUCUUUUAUGCCACAAAGGGAAUUGGUGAACAAGUCGUAAGAGAUAUCAUCCCCGAUUCGACAAUUGUUAGACCAUCACAAAUGUUUGGUAGAGAAGACAAUUUGUUAAACUACUUGGGACCAAAGAUUAAAAUGUGGACCCCCAACAGAAACCAAAAGCAAAUUUACCCAGUGCAUGUACUUGAUGUAGCUAGAGCUUUGGAAAAAAUUGCCUAUGACGAUUCCACCGUUGGUCAAUUGUAUGAAUUAUAUGGACCGGAAAAAUUGUCUUAUCUAGAUAUCAGACAAAUGAUUCACGGCAUUACCGAAAACUACGCACAAGCAGGUCCAAUCAGUUAUAAUUUCUACGACUAUGACUUGCCAUUGUCAAUUGCUAAAAUUAUCGCACAAGUACAACAAUUGGUGUGGUGGAAAUUGGCAAACCCUGACCAAAUGCAAAGACACGUUAUAGAUCAGCAUAUAGACCCCGCUGCCAAGACGUUUGCCGACUUGGGGUUGCAUGAUCAAACUAAAUUGGCUGAUGUGUUGUUUAGUUAUGUGAAACAAUGGAGACACCCAUUGAUUGCUCAAAAGGGUGGCCCAAGCCACAAGAAAUUGGAUGAAUUGAGAACCAUCCAGCAUUUCACCGACUAA